AUGCAGACACUGGCCGAGCUACUGGAGUCCUCCGAAGGGGCCCCGUUCCACGGUGGAGACCUGGGUCUGGGCACCAAUGAUGUCUCCGACGUUGGCUUCUUGGCGUUCUGCGCUGCGCUGCGUCCUGGACGGGGGACAGUGGGCUCUGUGAACCUGACUAGCAAUCGAUUGACCUCGGCGUCCGUGACUUGCAUCGCAGCUGCGAUGGAACGGUGGGGUCAAGCGCAUGACAUUGACCUUCCGCUCUCCGGCCUGGACAUUACCUACAACGAUGCGUCUGUGGACUCGGUCUUCGCCUUUCGCGCUGCGGUGGCCACGCUCUCCAUGAAGCACGCGGAGGCCUCGGCCAAGGGCGAUUUUCAGCACAGAUUCACAGCCGGCUGCGGAUGA